AUGACUUCCAAGGACAAUCCUGAGCAACGAGAAUCAGUGCAGCGAGAGAAAGGCCGUACAACACUGGCAGACAAUCCAUACAAUCCCAAUUCAGCCGCAUAUCUGGCCUAUCCAGUCAAACAUGUUGUAUCAAGCCUAUAUCGACGUAUGACCGAGCCUCCCGAGCACCCUGUCAGCAAGUUACUAGACGCGCCUACUGCUGCUUCGUCUUCAGGUGUUUACACCCCUCCCAAAAGACACCAAUCUCCGUUUCAACCUCCUCCUCUCACGCCCCUCGAACUAAGACAUGACUUAUCGCCGCAUGCUGCAGAGUCGCUGCUACUGUCCAGGCCCUUGGCAGAAGAAAUACGAUUAUUGAUCCCUCCACGACUUCAACUUGUCGCCCAGUGGCGGUUGGCGUACUCUUUGGAGGUUCAUGGAUCUUCGUUGGCGACUUUGUAUGAGCACUGUGCCAAUGUUUCGACUUAUACGCAGCGCUCUGGCUAUGUGCUCGUGGUAAGAGAUGGCUCUACUGCGGCUUCCCAAGGAUCCAUCUUUGGUGCGUACCUCUCCGACUCGCCCAAGCCAGGCUUGCACUACUUUGGCACCGGAGAAUGCUUUCUUUGGCGGGCUAGUAUACUUCCGGCACUGAGGGAUCUGUCUCAGAACCUGGACGGUAAUUCCCAGUCGCCAAUGUAUGAUCUACUGGAGUUGGCAGGCCUUCCGCCGCCGCCAAGUGCAGACACCACAAACUUGCAGAGAGCGACUACAGUUCGUGGUGAGCGGAAAUCAGCCUCUGUCUCACCGUCAACUACAUCUUUGUCUCUACCUGGAAACAAGGAUGCUCUCGCACCUCCCCGGCCUCCAACCUCAGGGACCUCGACGCCAGACCGGAUACGGUUCAAGGCGUUUCCUUACAGUGGAGUUAAUGACUUUCUGAUAUACUGCCAGGCUGGCUAUCUCUCCGUCGGGGGUGGUGACGGCCAUUACGGACUGUGGUUGGACGAUGAGCUCAACACCGGUAUCAGCGAGACAUGUCCAACAUUUGGCAAUGAGCCUCUAAGUGAUGAAGGCCGCAAAUUUGACGUCUUGGGUGUGGAGGUGUGGUAUGUGGGAGCGUAA